UCACCGCACACAGCACACUGUCCGUCCCACCAACAGACGAGCGACGACAUGGCCCGCCCGGUGCAGAGUAGGAGCGCGGCGCUGCUGGCUGUGCUGCUGGCCGUGGCCGGCGGCGCGCGCGGCGGCGGCUUCCUGGGCCACGGCGCCUUCGAGCCGAUCGAGGAGCACUCGAGCGUGUUCCACGAGGCGCCGUCGCCGCCGCAGGUGAAGGUGAUCCGCGUGCCCGUCCCGCAGCCCGUGCCGGUGCCCGUGCCGCAGGCGGUGCCGGUGGCGGUGCCGCACCCGGUGCCCGUCUACCACAGGGAGGUGCAGCGCGUGCAGGUGCCGGUGACACGCACCGUGCAGGUGGAGCGCGAGCGGCCCUACCCCGUCUACGUGGAGAAGCGCGUGCCCGUGCCCGUGGACAGGCCGUACCCCAUCACCGUCAAGAAGCCGGUCGCCGUGCCGGUGCCCAAGCCGUACCCCGUCAGGGUGCCCGUCUACAAGCACGUCUACCACAACAUCGGCGGCGGCGGCGGCCACGGCCACGGCUGGUGAUGCCGCUCCCACAGCCUCACUUUUGUUAUUGGACUUUCCAAUUUUUUUUAUACAUUUGUUGACCCUUGUUUUCUAAUAAACUCUUCGAAAAAUUA